AUGCAAUCAAAAGAGGGUCGAACAUCAACUUUAACCACUGAAUUGUCAGAGACUAAGCCUAGAUGGACACAACAGCAUCGGGGGCGGUAUAAAAAGAGCCAGCACCAUCCCAGAGGAGACCAUGUUGACUCUUUUAGCAAUACAAAUGUUGCUCUGACAAGAAAUCUGAGAGAAGACACACCUAACACUGUUGAACCAGUGGCUUCUUUUGCACAAUCUAGCCUCACGGGCUCUGGUGCAGUUACUGCUAAUUCUCAUUCCUAUUUCAAAAACAAAAAGGCAAGAAAACCCGGUAAUAAACCUCGAAGUGGCACAGCAAUGACAGAGCAAAGUUCUUCUCACCAUCUUCAGCCGCCAAAGUAUCACGAGAAAACUGAGACGGCAUUAUGUGUGCAAUUGGACAACCUUGAUAAUUUACCUCCUCGCUCCCGGGAGCUGGUGCAGCAUCUCACGAAUAACACUUACGAAUGCUUGAAUUGCCUCGAAAUAAUAAAGAUGAGUGAUGCCAUCUGGUGCUGCAAUCGUUGCUUUAUUAUGCUGCACUUGCGAUGCAUCCAGCGAUGGGGGCGGGAGGGGGCUAGCAGCUUUCGUCUCAAUGAAGCCAGCAGCUUGUUUUGCUGCCCACAAUGCCGGACGGAGCAUAUUGACUCGGUCAAAGAGUACAAAUGCUUUUGCGGCAAGGUGACAAACCCACCUUACGACCCCUUUGUGAUUCCACACAGCUGUGGGAAUACCUGUGGAAAGGCGCGGAUGAACGGCUGCCCACACCCGUGUGCACUGCAAUGUCACCCGGGCCCGUGUCCUGACUGUGCCGCUAUGAUCGGUCCACUGGCUUGCCCAUGUGGUUCCUCAACCUACAGCUACCGGUGCGGCCAUCCGGACCCUCAUCGAACCUGUGAAAACCUCUGUGCGAAGAUCCUUAGCUGCAAUAAGCACUUCUGUGAGCGAAAAUGCCACGUUGGGGAUUGUGGCGACUGCUCUAAGCAUGUUACCGUUACGUGUCCAUGUGGGAAAGAAACAAAGCAAGUUCUGUGUAGUUCAGCCACUUUUUUGUGUGGGAAGCCGUGCGGGAAGCCCUUGACGUGUGGCAAUCACAAUUGUACUUUGAGUUGCCACACUUCCGACUGCCCGCCUUGCGAAAAUGACCCGUCUGUUGUCCAGACAUGCCCGUGUGGGGCGACACCGCUGCCAUACCCGCGGCAGUUGUGUUUGGAUCCCAUUCCGUUGUGUGGAGGAAUGUGCAAUAAGUUGCUAAAAUGUGGGCGACACCGCUGCUCGAAGGAGUGCCAUACAGGCCCGUGCAUGCCUUGUACGGCACGGUUUGAGACUUCUUGUCGCUGCCGUCAGGUGCGAAAGCUAGUGAAUUGUGCCGAGAUGGAUAACUUUCGCUGCACACGAGCAUGUGGUACUCGACUUUCUUGUGGUAGACACUAUUGUAAGGUUCUUUGCUGCGAGCAUCGAAAUCAGACGAAUAUAUCACAACAUGAAUGCCGUCUUGUGUGUGGGCGGAAGCUUAAAUGUGGACAUAACUGUUAUGAGCCUUGCCACCGCGGGGCGUGUUUGCCCUGUGUUCACUUCACAACCGAGCCACUAUAUUGCCGUUGCGGACGGACAAUGCUGAUGCCACCCCAGCCGUGUGAUGCAAAACCUCCUAAUUGCCGGCACCCGUGCGAGAUAAGGCCGGCAUGUGGCCAUCCGCCUGUAUCGCACCUAUGCCACUACGGGGACUGUCCUGUUUGCACGCACUUGGUCUCGAAGAUGUGUGAGGGGGGACAUAUGGAGGUUAAGAAUGUCCCUUGCUGGAAGCCCUACGUCACGUGUUCGCAGAAGUGCCGUAAACUACGCCCGUCUUGCGGACACGUGUGUUCGCGGCCAUGCCAUGGUGGGCCCUGCGUCGAUGAGCAGCACCCUUGCACGCACACCUGCGAAACCGUAUACGCCAACUGCGGUCACGUCUGCGGGCGUCUAUGUCAUGUGGGAUCCGAUUGCCCAUCUUGUCAACACUUGAUGACACUCACCUGCGAGUGUGGACGAAUUUCUCGUCGUGUACCAUGUGCGCAACUUCGUGCGCAGAUUGCGCAACACCAGAAAAAGCACCCUAAUGAGCCAUUCGAAAUUUCAUGCGACAACGAUUGCUUGCAUGAAGCUCGACUUACCAUCCUCGAAGCGCUCUCAAAGGGACCAGCACGCAUUUCUUCCGCGUCUUCUGAACCACCGUCGUCCUAUCUAAAAAGCAGUGAUCGCCAUCCCCUCAUCCCUUUCUUUUAUUCUAUUUAUCUGUGGGAGUACAUUUCUGAGAAGGGUGUGGCCAUGGUAGAACAAGUCGAAAAGCUACUCAAAGAUUUUCUUGCAGGGUCGGAGUCGUUUGCUUCGCUGCCGCCAGCACGUAUUGAGAAGCGCAUACUUAUUCAUUCCAUCGGUGAAUACUACAAAAUUGAUGUAGAGAGCAUCGAUGAGGAGCCGAAACGAUCCUGUCUGUUGAAACGAAACCCGUCGAGUCACAUGCCACCGAUACUUUUGAGUGAGGCGAUCAAAAUACCUGAAUUCUACGACCCCCGAUUGUUUUUUUCAGCUGUUGUGGAUCCCUCCAGAACAGAAUCUGUACCACCGACUUUCGCCCCUACCAGCGAACCUUUAGAAACGAACGGUUCCGAUAGCAAAAAAGCAGAAGAGAACCUCUUACAGCGAAUGAUCACCAAAGGUUCUACCAAUGAGAGAUCUCUGUUAUCGCAGUUAGGUAUUUAUGUCCUUGGCAAUGCAGUUAGCGAGAAAUUAUUGAUGCAGCUUCUUUCCCCAGAACUUCUUGGGUCUUUCGUAUUUGUCUUUCUCGAGGAGUGCGACGACCGAAACAAAGCGCUGCUUGUCUUUACAUCAAACUCAAAGAGACAAGAAGGGAAUAAAAUGCUUCGACAAAAAUCCGCCCCAUUUCAGUAUUGGGUUCCAAUUUAA